AUGGGAACCCACGGCUCAUGCUCCAGCCUGCAAGCAUACAUGAGAGCCAUCCAGAGCAAGAUUACAAAUCAGCAGACUCUUAUCAAGGGAAACUUUGUCAUUCUUCAAACUCAAGGGAAAUCAGGUCCUGAAAAAUCAGCAUCUGUACAGAUUUAUAGCAGCAAUGCAAUCGACCCAAGCACAGGCAAAGGGAAGUUGAGCCAGAAAGCCCACCUCAAGCAUGGAAAGAGCAAGAAGAACGAUGACAUGAAAACAAUAACAUAUAAAAUAAAGCUCUACACUGAGCGAGAGUUUGGAAUUCCAGGAGCAUUUCUCAUAACUAACCAUCAUAAACAUGAGUUCUUCCUUGAAUCUGCUACGCUUGAAGUUCUAGACAAUCAUAUCAUCCACUUUGACUGCAGGUCUUGGGUAUACCCAGUCCAGAAUACAAAAUCGGAUCGCCUGUUCUUCUCAAACACCAGUUAUCUGCCAAAACAAACACCCAGUGCUUUGCUGGAACUAAGAAAGUCAGAACUUAAAAGCCUGAGAGGAGACGGAACUGGAGAGAGGAAGGAAUGGGAUCGAAUCUACGAUUAUGAUUACUACAAUAAUCUUGGUCGUCCAGAUAAAGAUCAAAAGCACAGUAGACCAAUAUUGGGUGGCUCUGAAUCACAUCCAUAUCCUAGAAGGGGAAGAACAGGUCUUCCUAUCAGCAGCACUGAUCCUUCUACCAAGAGUCGGCCAGAAAUUAUCAACCUGGAUACAUAUGUUCCUCCAGAUGAGCGAUUAGGCCCCAAAAAGCUUUCAGAGUUCAUAUCAAAUUCAGUCCAGGCUGCAGUACAUUUCCUUAUUCCUGAAGCAAAUUCCUUACUCAAACAAGGAUCAAGUAGUUUCAAGUCAUUUGAGGAGAUAAGUAACCUGUUCUCUAGAAAGAGAUAUCAAAUAGAGGAAACAGUCAAAGAUAAACUGAAGAAAAUGGUAACAGAUGAGCUUUUUAAAGAUAUUAUUCAUGCAAGCAAACAGUCCAUAAAAUUCCCAUUGCCUCAAAUUAUAACAGAGGACGACUUAGCCUGGAGGGAUGAUGAAGAGUUUGGACAUCAAAUGCUUGCAGGAGUAAAUCCAGCACGAAUUCGAUGUUUACAGAGGUUCCCUCCAGAAGGCAAAAAUGGAAUCAGUAAAAUAAAGGCAUCAGACAUAGAGCACAACCUAAAUGGUUUGGAUCUUACUGGGGCAAUGAGACAAUGGAGGAUAUUCAUCUUGGAUCACCAUGACUAUCUCAUGCCCUUUUUAGACAGAAUAAACAAAAAUGGUGUCUGUGCUUAUGCAUCUAGAACACUACUAUUCUUACAAGAUGAUGCCACACUAAAACCAGUAGCAAUAGAGCUGAGCUUGCCUGGGUCUAUCAAGGACAGAGAGAUCAGCCGGGUGUUUCUACCAGCAACUCAAGGCACACAAGCAGCACUUUGGCAGCUUGCCAAAGCUCAUGUUGCAGCUAACGAUUCAGCCUACCAUCAACUAAUCAGCCAUUGGUUGCACACACAUGCAGUAGUUGAACCGUUUAUCAUUGCAACUAGACGGCAAUUGAGUGUCAUGCACCCAAUUCACAGGCUAUUAGAUCCGCAUUUCAAACACACUAUGCAUAUCAAUGCAUUGGCUCGGAGUAUCCUUAUUAACUCCGGAGGGAUCCUUGAGAAGACACUAUUUACUGGAGAAAUAUCAGUGGAACUAUCUUCUGAACUAUAUAAAGAGUGGAGAUUUGAUGAACAAGCUCUCCCUGCAGAUCUUCUCAAAAGGCGACUGGCUCUGAAAGACCCAGACAAUCCCAUCACUGGGGUUCAGCUCCUCUUUGAGGAUUAUCCCUAUGGCGCAGAUGGACUUGAAAUAUGGGGUGCCAUUAAGACAUGGGUCAGAGAUUUUUGCUCCAUUUUCUACAAAGAUGAUGAUUCAGUCAGUUCUGACAUAGAAAUCCAAGAAUGGUGGUCAGAAAUUAAAAAUGUAGGUCAUGGUGAUAAGGGCAAUGAGACAUGGUGGUAUGAAAUGACAACUCUCACUAACCUAAUAGAGGCUCUAACAACUCUCAUAUGGAUUGCAUCAGCCCUUCAUGCCUCAGUUAAUUUUGGACAAUAUGCAUAUGCCAGCUACCCUCCUAAUCGCCCAAUGCUAUGUCGAAGAUUUAUUCCACGGGAAGGGGAAAAAGAAUUUGCUGAGUUCCUAAGAGAUCCAGAUAAAUACUAUCUGAACAUGUUGCCUGAGAGAUUUGAAACAACCCUUGGCAUAGCAUUAACAGCGGUCCUCUCACAGCACAGCUCUGAUGAAAUGUACUUGGGACAGAGGCCAUCAGGGUGGACUGACAAUAAAGAAGUUGGGCAAAAAUUUGAGAAGUUCAAGGAAGAUCUUAAAGAGAUUGAAAAGAAAAUCUCCACAAGGAAUGCCAAUCCCAACUUGAAGAACAGAUGGGGCCCUGCCAAGAUACCUUAUAAACUUCUUCACCCAGACACAUCAAAUGUUGAAUCCAAAGCAGGCAUCACAAAUAAAGGGAUCCCUAGCAGCAUAACCAUUUAAUAUACCUUCAUCGUACUGCAAUCUUUAAAUGAUAGUUAUAAAUAUGAAGUGAUUGUCCAAAUAAGAUUGCACAAGCAUCUUAAGCACCACAUUGUUCUGGUCCAACCCUAGCUAUCAUUACGUUCAUCAACUGAAUAUGAUUUUUGUUCUUUUUUAA